AUGGAGCUGCUGCGGGUGCUGCUGGUGCUGGCUGGGACGGGCGCAGCCGCGGGCCUGGCCCUCCUGCCCUACGUGCCCCGCGUGCCCCCCGCGGCACUGCCAGGGAAGCUCACCGCCACCACCUUCGCUCUGGAGAGACCCUGCUGCGUCUUUGACCAUCACACCAACGCCUCCGAUGCCGUUUGGCUGGUGGUGGCUUUUGCCAACGGUGAGCACCCGCUGCUCCAGCGUAUGCUCCCUGCUGUGGCAAGGGGACGUGGGGGACCCCCGUCGCAGCUGCUCACCCCCGGGCUGUGCCACGCAGCCUCGGCCGCCUUCAGAAACCCCCCGACGCAGGCUGAUGUGCCCCUGUACGAGCGGCUGCCCACCGCCCACUCCUACAUGACGCUGGAGACGGCAGCAUCCACGUAUGCCUGCUCAGCUCCGGGCUGGGCCCUCCUGCGGGUUGGGGGCGACACGGCGUGUGGGGGCCAGGGCAGCCAGGACCCCUGCAACGGACCCCUGCCCUCCCCGGGGCCCUACAGGGUGAAGUUCCUGGUGAUGGGCUGCCAUGGCCCCAAAGCUGAGACGAGGUGGUCUGAGCCCAUCCUCCUGCCGAGAGGUACCGGUGGCACUGCCGUCCUGCGGGUCCCCACACCUGCCCCGCUGGGGUGCUGGCAUGCGGCAUGGCAUCAGCCUUAUGCCAUCACCCCAAAACCCAGAGGGGAAAAGCGAUCCCCAAACUCCCCUGGCCGCCCUCCCCUUUCCAUCGCACCAUCCCUGAACCCCCCGUGCCCCCCCCACAUCCCUCAUCCCACCUCCUUCCAGCCAGCCACCCCAGCACCAUCGACCCCGCACCCACACGCCGUGGCAGCGACGUAG